AUUACCGGGCCGAGCCCACCACUGAAGACAACAAAGUUUUGACAUUUUCGGGUCUGCUCAUAGUGGCCACUUCAACGACAGCACUCAGCCAUAAUGCCUCUUCCCUGCCACCGGGAAUCGCUCUCUUGAGCAAUUGUGAGACUGCUGAGCUUGUUAUCCGAUUUGUGGACUCCAUGUCAACAAGUUAUCCCAAACAUAGAUGAGCAGGCCACGGAAUCGACCUCCUUCGUUGUUUCGCCUACUCCAUCCUCGACCCAAGCGAUCCUUUGGACCUAUAGGUCACAACACAUUUCAAUAUCGCAGAACUGGGCCAAAUGGAGAAAGCGUCUGAACUGCGGUUUGACUAUGGCUGUAACAGUAGCCGCUUUCACGAACGAGGCGCAGUCAGCCCAACUGGCGGGUCUAGCGACUGGAAGUAUCUUCUUCAUACCGCUUACCGUCAAGUACGGUCGGCGGUCUACGUAUCUGGUUUCCGCUACCGUAUUAGCAGUCGUAGCAUGGUGGACAGCUUCCAUGCACACAUGUACCGAGUUGAUCAUCACAAACAUCAUCACUGGGCCGGCCGGCGCGAUUAACGAGACUGCUAAUUGCCGACCUGUUUUUCCUUCCUUCACCAGCGAGGAUCCGCUAAUGGCCUUUUAUUUCACUGCUGUUAUGACAGGCAGCUUGCUCACCCCCUUGGCCGCAGGCACACAAGCCGCCACCCAGGGAUGGCGCGGGUCAUAUUACUAUCUUUCUAUUGCGCUGACAAUACUUUCUUUCCUGUUUGCUUUUCUGUACAAGGAGACCAAAUACACCCCGGCCGUCAUCAGCCAGCACCAAACGACCAACUUCACCUCGCCAGAUCACAAAAAGGAUAUAUUGAAGGUUAAGAGUGCAACAGAGAGCACUCUCAAGCUGAAUUAUCCGCAAGUUCACGCCGCAUCCCGCGUGAGUAUGAACACAUAUCGUAAGAGAAUGCGCCUUCUGUCUACUACACCAGAAUCUCUGACACAACUCUUUAUCCUGCCGCUCCACGUUAUUACACUCCCGCACGCAAUUGGUCUUAUGACUCUGGGUCCCUUUGUAGGUAAUAUUUUGGGCAGUCUAUAUGGCGGUCCAUUCGCUGACUGGGCUGUCAUGCAAAUGAGAUUAUAUCUCUUUUUUCUACCCGUAAUUAGCAUGGCAGGUGGGAUAACAACGUUUGGAAUUACAUCAAACCGAGGCAUGCACUGGAUCUUCCCAAGCAUCGGCGGCGCGCUUUUUGCCUUUGGUCUUGGUGCGAACGGUGAUAUUACCUUCACCCUCGUUAUCGACACAUACAAAGAGCUUACUGCAGAGGCAUUCUUUGGUGUUGCGUUCAUUCGUAAUGCAGUCAGCGCAGGUGUCCCCUCGGCCCUUGUUCCCUGGAUGUCGAGCAUGGGCCUCAGCAACAUACAUAUACUGAGCGGAGUGGUGUCACUUCUCAUCGGGCUUCUAUAUGCUCCCUUGAAUAUCUGGCGUCAACAUCAUGAUCUUGCCGUGAUCAGAUACGAGAAGCUGGUAGGAGUGGGUAUGGCUAUGAUGCCUGGUCCCUCCCGGCCAUAUCGGCAAAGCGUGGGAUUCUGA